AAAUCAUGCUCUUCUGAUGAAUUAUCUCCCGUUAUUCUCUGGCAUUCUCGCUUCCCACUCCGUUUCAAUCCUCCUCCUCCAUUGGUUUCACGCUUUUUCUUGAACCUACCUCGCUACAGCAUUACUUAAAGUUGUUACAGAUCAAUUGAGCGCCGGAAAAUGUCGUCGUCGGCGGCGGCGGCGGCGGACGAUAGGAAGAGGAAGAGGAUGAUAUCGAACCGGGAGUCGGCGCGGCGAUCGAGGAUGAGGAGGCAGAAGCUGAUCGGAGAUUUGAUCGCGGAGAAGGCGGCGUUGGAAGGGAGCAUCGGAGAGGCGAAUCAGAAGCUGAGCGGCGCGUGGGGGAGAUACUCCGCCCUGGAGGCGGAGAACGAGCGGCUGAGGGCGGAGAAGGAGAGGCUCGCGGAGUACGCUGCGAGUCUGAACGAGGUCCUGGCGACUUACAGGGAGAUCGAGGUUGGUGGUGCUGAUGGUGUUCCGGAUUUUUCGGCGGAUCAGGCUGGGUUUCAGAAUCCGUGGAGCGAUUUCGGGGUUCGGAGCAGUUCGGCACAGCUGGUGACGGAUUGUUUCUAGCUAAUUUGUUUGGGUUAAGCCGGUGACGGAGAUGAAUAGAUGAUCAUGAUGACGAUUAGGGAUUGGUUACGUGUUGUUAUUUGUUAGUUUUGGGGGUUUUUUUUUCCCUGUAAUGGUUUGGGUUUGUAUUUAGUCGUUAGCUUUAAUGGAUUUGGCCACGUACGGUGCACUUAGUCAAGGAGUUUCCUCGGUUUGAAGCAAAUAUCAUCAUGGUUUGGCUUUGUUUGUAACAUUAGGGGAAUGCUAUGGUGUUAGCCUGUAAAAAAUCUAUUUGUUUCCCAGAGCUGUGGCGCUCACUAAUUGAAGUUGGUGUGCGAAGACUUGUUUCGUUACAAUAUAAAUACCCAUGUUAUACCAACAAGACGUGAAAUGAAACGUAACACGUUGGAAAAAAAAGUCUGGAAUGUCUUGUAUCUCCUGGAAGAUAAUUUUCAUCGCAUGUUACGAAUCUGUCGCGUUCAAGAUGACACUUACUCAUCACCACAAAACAAAAUAUUAAGAUAGGAAUAGACCAAACACAAGUCAAAAGCAACCUUCACUGAGAGAUCAGAGACACGAUCAUUAGAGAACUGCAAUAUGGAACUUUGUAGCACGGCAACUAUGUGAAAGAAUUUUGAACUAAUUAAUUAAUUUUGCUUAUCUCUAUUUCACCCUUCAAAUUGCAAUGAAUAAAGAGCAAGCAUCAAUGUAAAACCAUGAAGGAUUACGCCUAGGGUAGGGCUGCAAACGAGCCGAGUCGAGUCGAGUUUUUGCUUAGCUUGAGCUCGGCUCGUUUAUUAAUUUUUCAGCUCGAGCUCGGCUCGAACUCGAAUUUUGAUAAUCCAGCUCGAGCUCGAGCUCGGCUUGAAUAAAAAUAAUCUAGCUCGAGCUCGACUCGGUAGAGCUCGAUAAAUGCUCAUUAACAUAGCUUGUUAAGCUGAGUACAAGCUCGGCUCAAGAUGAGCUCGAUUUAAAAUCAUUUUUGCUGGAAAAAUGUAUAAACAUAAGAAUUUAAAUGAUAGAAAGAACACUAGAAACUAGAAAUAACAUCUAAAUUUCAUACACAUCUGUAUUAUAAGACAAUGUUCAUGUUUAAAAGAGUAAUUCAUCCUUCCACAAGCUCAAAACAAGGCAGCUCGCGAGCUUAGCUCGACAAGCCACCGAAUCAAGCUAGCUCGCGAGCUUAUCAAGCUGAGCAUGGUCUAGCUCAGGCUUGGCUCGUUAACUAACGAGUUGGCUCGCGAGCCGGCUUGUUAAAUAACGAGUCGAGUGUCGAACGAGUUUUUUCCGAUUCGAACGCCGAGUUGCUCGCGAGCGGCUUGGCUCAUUUGCAGCCCUAGCCUAGGGGUGGUCGUUCGGUUACCGGUUAUCGAUUAACCGGCCGGUACCGGUAACCGAACUAACCAAAUUUUGGUCGGUUAUCGGAGGAUGGACGAAAUGGUUUUUGGUUUUAAAAGUGGUUCGGUUAACCGAUAACUGAGAUAACCGCGGCACCGAAGCCUAUUUCGGGCUGUUUUCGGUAAGGGGGUGAUUAUUUCGGUUAACUAAUAACCAGCCAAUCGAUUACCGAUUAUAACCGAAAUAACCGAACUGCCACCCCUAAUUACGCCAAAAAAAACAUGCAUAUAGAACCAUUCCGCCAAACUUGAGAAUGGAAUAUCAAGGUCGGAUAAGGAAGAAGACAAAUCUAUACCAAUUAUAUAAAUUUUUUAGAAGAAAGCCAAGUUGAAAGAAGCGGGAAGCAAAGUUUAAAGGCAACACGUAGCUCCCGACGAAUGAAUAGAUAAGAAGACUGUGGCGGCUGUCUGUGGACAGACUUUCUAGCAAACAAAAUGAACAUUAUCCUUUAGC